GUUUAGUUUUCUUCUUUUCUAUUUUGUUCUAUUUAAGUUUUCUUUAUUUUUCUAUUUUUUUUCUUUAUUUUCCUUCUAUAAGUGAUGUACUUUGCAAUGUUUUAUAUUGUACGGUGUGAUAUUUUAGGUAUGCUUUGGGUGGAAUACAUUUUUUUCUUGGACUUAGAUGGCCUGAUCAGUAUAUAUUCACAGCUAACUUUCUUGGACUUAAAUGGUCUGGUGUAGUUUAAUUAUAAAAUAUUCCAUAGCUAAUCUUUCUUGGCCUGAUCAUUAAUAUUUAUUAGCUAACACAAAACCAUCUUCAGGGUUUAGUGGUGAGUAAUGGGUUCCUGUCUUGUGUUCAACUCCUCCCACGACACAUUCUGUUUUUGCUCCUAUUUAUGUAUUUUGAAAUUUAUUUAGCUCCUUUGUCCUCUCUGCAUUCACGGACUCCCUCCGCUCCACAAAUAAAUGUAUUUCUUGACUACUAUGAUUCAUGUUUGACCAUUCGUCUUAUUUAAAUUUUUAUACAAAUAAUAAAAUAAAUAAAUCAUUAUAAAAAUAAAUUUAACAAUAAAAUAAGUCAUAAAAAAUAAAUAAUAUUUAUUAAAAAAUUUUAAAUAAGACGAACGGUCAAACAUGAAUUAUAGAAGUAAAAAAAUGCAAUUAUUUGUGUAUCUCAAUUUCUCCGACCUCUGGCGGCCGCGAGCGGGAAGCGGAUGCACAGGAGCCCAGCAUUCACAGUUUUCGGCCCACAAGCGUAGAAGAAAUGCUCGGCUUUUGGUCCACGAGCGCAAAGAAAUGUGUGGCCAUGGAUGACUAAAUAUGCGCUGACCGGGUCGGUGUCUAAUCGCUCAAAGACAAUUGAGAUUAGGAAUUUACGAUGAUAUUGAAAACUGUUGUAAAACACAUCCACAGCGGUUAGAAUUUUUCUCUCUCCAUCUCUCAUCAUCAAUAUAGUAAAUAAAAUAGAACACAUAGACAGAAGAGAUAGAAGACUAUUCUUUAUUCUCAAAUAAAUAUUAUUGAUUACAACAUAUAUUUUCCAUGUAUUACGAAUAUUUAGAGCUUAGUAAGAGCCCACGUGUAAACAGAACAUGAUUAGGAUUCCUUCUUCCUUUUUAUUUUAGAAUAGAGUCCGCAUGUAUUACAAGUUCACAACAAAAGCAAAAUACUAGUGAUUAAUUCAUAGGUUGAAGUGUGUGAAGAACCCCGUUGGUCUCUCGCUGCCGGGCCUCGUUUGUAUACUCGUAAACUUUUAUCCUCAUAAUAAAAUACGGUAAUAAAAUACCGGUGAAUAACUCGAUCGUGGAAAAAAAAGGUUGAAGUGUGCGAUGGUGAUGUUCCAUCGCGUGUGCCCAGAGCUUGGAUGAGGACUGGCUCCGGUAAAUUUUAGAGUUUAAUUAGUUCAGAUUUUCAGGUAAUCUUUAGGUUUCAGUAAACACAUUUUGAUGCCAAAGCUCCUAAAUCUAAAUGACUCCUAGAGAAGUCUGCUCGGAGCUCUUCAAAAAAAAAAAAAAAGUCUAUGCUCGGAACCAAUGGGGAGCCUUGGUCAACGUUGUUUGAGACCGUGUGCCCGACGAUGCCACUCGUAAUGGUCCGCCACAAUUAGCGCUACAACUCGCAAAUCGUAGAUGAGCCUCGCUCGUAAACAAUGCAGCUUUAGUUGUAGACAGCAUGCGGUCUCUGUGACAGCUAAAACUGAAAGCUAGCCUGGCUAUCCAUUUGGCAAUUUUUGAGAUAAUCUCAAUUCUCAACCGCGUGGCAUAUAGCUAGACUACAGUUUAGAGACUUUUGAAAUACGUCUCAUUGGUAGAGGCAAUCGAAGACGAAUCAAGUUUAGAAUUCAGAGACAGUUCGGAGUUCAUUCAGACAGCCGGUCGCGCUUCGGCAGCCAGGCGUUGCACUUGACAGCAACGGUGCAACCCAGCGGCCGCCAGCGCAGCCCUCAAUCUCUCUCGGGCUCUCGGCCUGCCUCUCUAUUUGUCGCUGGUCUGUUCUCUGGUCGGCCGCCGUCCCUGUCAUUGCCACCGCCAAGUCUUCCUUGGCUUCUCCAGAGAAGCAAGAAAGGUCGCGGCAAUGGACGACCGCCGCGGGCGCCGCGACGCCAUGGGCCAGAGGCCGUUCGCGUCUGCUGCUCAGGGACAGGAAAGGGUGUUCGACGGUGGAGGCGGUGGCGGUGGCGGCGGCCCUGGGCCAGCGUUUGGCGGUGAGUUUGAUCAGGGAUCGUCGUCCCUCAUGGCUCUUCUCGGAGCUGGUGGUGCAGUCAGCUCCCAGCCACCGCCGCCGACGUGGGGCGUCGAGGAGGUGACAGCGGCGCCUGCCAUUAACCUGGUGCCUCAAUCAUUAUUCUCCAUGGCGAACUACGCGCCACCGCCGCCGUCCUACCAGCAACCCACCUCGUUCGCCCCAUCGCCGCUGGGCGGCAGAGUGGAUCCAUACCCGCCGUACCUUGUCGCGGACCAGCCGCCGCAAUGGCCUCCUCCCCGACCGGCGGCUGCUGAUUCCUCCAUGCCGCACUCCAACUUCACCGUCUUCUUCCCCAGGAAUCCAUACGACCAUGACAUGCAGCUGCGAGCGACCGCGCUCUUCGGCGGCAGCAGCGGCUUGCACGCGCACGCCCUGCCGCCGCCGCCGCCAGCCAUCGAGCAGCCGGCGAAGGACGGUUACAGCUGGCGCAAGUACGGGCAGAAGCAGCUCAAGGACGCCGAGUCGCCGCGGAGCUACUACAAGUGCACCCGCGACGGGUGCCCCGUCAAGAAGGUCGUGGAGCGCUCCUUCGACGGGUUCAUCAAGGAGAUCACCUACAAGGGCCGCCACAACCACCCGCGCCCCCAGGAGCGCGGCCUCGCCGGCGGCGGGAACGAUGCCCUCGCCGCCGCCGAGGAGGACGUGGACGGCCCCAGCGACGACGACGACGAUGACGUCGACGGGGCUCCCGGCCGGGCCGCGGACGGCGUUGUGGCCGGGCAGAGGGUGGUGAAGAAGCCCAAGAUCAUCCUCCAAACGCCGAGCGAGGUGGAUCUCCUGGACGACGGCUACCGGUGGCGCAAGUACGGGCAGAAGGUGGUCAAGGGCAACCACCGGCCAAGGAGCUACUACAAGUGCAUCGCCGACAAGUGCAACGUGCGCAAGCAGAUCGAGAGGGCGUCCACCGACCCCAGGUGCGUCCUGACGACGUACACCGGCCGCCACAACCACGACCCACCGGGCCAAGGCAACGAAGCCGCCGCCGCCACCGUCGCCGCAGGCGGCUCUUCUGCUGAUCCGGGCCCUCCGUCCAGGAACACGGCUAGUGGAAGUGGGGCGUUUCAGGAGAACUGGGGGGCUCGGCAGCUGAAGGAGGAGUGCUAGCCGGGAAAUGAUUGGACUUGGCCAUUGGCCUCAUAUGUGGAGUGUGGCUUUCCUGGGUGUGAAUAAUAGAGGCUGGAUCAUUGAUUCUUUUGGGCAGGUGUGUGUCUGCCGGCUAAUUGUUAUUCGAUUAGAUUUCAACUGUUGUAGAGGAGCUGACAUGUUGAUUUCGGCUAAACAUGUGCUUGUGCUGCAUGGUAUAUAUGUACAUUUGUUUUCUCUUUA